CUAGAAAUAAAGAGCACUCGCUUUUCCUUACUAACGCAUCGAGAGCACAUCCGACAGGUCUAUCAUUGGUGGCAAUCUAUGCUCGAAACGCAAACCGGAAACGCGAUAUUCCAGUUUACGCAAAAAUAUUGUAGGAAUAGGUAACAUGAGUUUCAAGCUGACAUAUAAAAUAAAGCAUAUGGGCUUCCUUAAUAUUUCAUAGAUCAUCUAUUUUUGGUCUGUUUAAUUUUAAAAUUACAGCAAAGGACAAUGAAACGAUACACUGCAGAUUGCAAUAGAUCAUUUCUUUUGUUGAACGAAUGACAUUGAUGCUCAUUAAGACUUAUGACAGUUUAUGUCAUUAAAUAUUUGACAGAUCGAGUCAAGAAGCCCGGAAAACCCUUGAAAACAAGAAAAUGGUGUUGUAAAAAGACCAUUUUUUUCUUCUUUUCAAAAAUUUGGAGACUGGUUUUGAUGGUUUAAAAAGUAAAAGAUAAAAUGUUUUGAUAUAAUCUACGUUGUACAAAUCUUAUAAUUUCACUAGUGCCUCCCUUUUUAAACUUAAGUCCUGAAAACCAAACAGGUUACUUUGUCCGCAAAAUGAGCCUUGUCGGAAAAAAAUGUGAAUCGAUAUCUUUACACGAAUCAAUUAAAGACGAUGUGAUUUCCAAUCAAGUAACUCCUGAAGAUGUAUUGAGAUUGGAGAGAAUUACAGAUACAUACCUCUGCAGCCCUGAAGCUAAUGUAUACGACAUCGAUUUUACGAGAUUUAAAAUUCGAGAUUUAGAAACUGGAACGGUGUUAUUUGAAAUAGCUAAACCUCCGACUGAUUUCGGCGUCGAUAAUGAUUCUUUGGAAGAUUCCACAGAGGAGCCCUUGGAUCCAAAUGCGGGGAGAUUUGUUCGUUAUCAAUUCACACCACAAUUUCUGAAGUUGAAAACUGUUGGCGCUACAGUGGAAUUCACAGUUGGGGCUCGUCCAGUUAACCAUUUCAGAAUGAUUGAGAAGCACUUCUUCAGGGAUACACUACUGAAAACUUUUGAUUUUGAGUUUGGUUUCUGUAUUCCAUUCUCAAGAAACACUUGCGAGCACAUUUAUGAGUUUCCAACGUUGCCCCCUGACUUAGUUGAGGAAAUGAUUGCUGCUCCUUUCGAGACAUGUUCUGACAGUUUUUACUUCGUGGACAACCAAUUGGUGAUGCAUAACAAAGCAGAUUAUGCUUAUAAUGGAGGUAUCAACAAUUAAAGUCUACUAUUCACAAUAUUUUGGAGAGAUUGCACACUUUCACAAAACAAAAAAAAGUUCAGUUAUUGAAUAUUUACAUUAGUUAGGUAAUUAUGUUUAAUUUUUUACUUUUACUAAAAUUGUGAUAAUAUUGAAAAUUUAAUUUUAUUUACAUGUUUAAUUAUAUUUAGUAUUUUUACAUGUGGGUAGUGUUGCCCUAUAAGUCACACAAAAAGAAAUAGGUAAUCUCAUGAUGAUAUUUAGAUAAUAAGUUUUUAUUAAAGACAUUCCAUAUAUUAUAUUUAUCAAGUUGACUGAAAAUAAUUAUGCUCUUUCAUGUUAGAAAAGAUGAUAAUACAGGACAAUUAAUAAUUCACGUAAAUAUACUUUAAAUAAUUGAAUCUCAAAUGUUUAAUCAUUGACAAAAUAUAGCUUGUUUUAAUAGAAGAUUGAAAAGGCUUUGAAAAGUCAAUGGGAAAAUAUAAUAUACUUAUAGCUUUUUCGGUAGUCUUAAAUAUUUGUUAUAUUUUUAUUAAAUUAUGUAAUGAUUUAAAUAUUAGAUAUUUUAUAAAGGAAAUUGACACCAAUGAGCACAGAGUUUGGAUCUACACCAAAACUUUAAUUUGUGUGAAUCACAAUUUUAGAUAAUAAUAGGAAGUAGUUGUUUCACUACUAUCUGAUGCUAGUCAUUUGUGCAAGUUCUCAGUGACAUUUGAGUGAUAACAAUAAUGUGCAUUUGGAGAUGUACAGGGAUUAUGAAAAAUUGAUAAUAAUAAUGUCCUUCCCCAUUUAAAUAUACUUAUUAUUCUCACACAUUCUAAUGGUAUACAAAUGAAAAAUUCAAGUUUAAAAUUGUAAAUAAAUAAUGUAUAAAUUGAAAUUUACAAUCAAUGCAAAUCUUAUUAAGUUAUAAGUAAAGCUUAAAUAAACAACCAUCUUAAACACAAUGAUAAUUUUAACAAAAUAUAUGCUAAUAAUAAAAACCUCUGAUCUCAAUCUAUGACUGAAAUUGCUUUCAAAUUUUUUAACGCAAUCUUCAAUGGACUGAUUAGUAUUUUUUUAUGAACAAAUUAUAAUUUGUGGCAUUUAAACCUGGUUCAAAAAUUUGUUCUCUUACGUUUCUCAACACAGCAGGAGUUGAGUUCUCAUAGCACAGAUCAUUUUUGCCAUCUAGAUCUUGAGUGCAUUGCACUCAGAAAACAUGUUGGAGGGACCAAGUUGUUCCUUGAGUGCUAUGAUAUGUCCUUGAAAUGAAGUUUGAAGAAAGUGCAACUCGCAUUGUUAAUGUCUAUGAGUGACUGUGCCCUCUCAUAAGCGGGGUGCACAGUUGAAUGAAACUUAUAUUGGUAAUGGAGAACUCUUCAAAAAGAAAAUAUUUUUCCCCAUACAUAUAGCAUCAAGCUUGGAUUUCAAAAAGUCUGAAAAUCAUAUAUAAUAAUCUCUCCACAAAUCGUAGAAUUCAAUGUUUCCUGAUGCAGACAAAUUGUAGAUAAGUGUGAAAAAAGUAUAUGAAAUCAACUGCCAUUUUUUUAGGUAAAACAAGUUUUCAUUCUGUUACUUUACUAAAACCAGUGAUCAAGAUCAAACAUAUACCUAUUUUGAAUCAUGCGUAAACUUUGUAAGAUUUGCGUGUUGGUUGAUAGUGACAUGAAGCAGAAUCCUUUUAAAUAUGCUGGUAGGAAUGUCAUGCCGUCCAAAAACCCUUUAUUUCAUCAAGUGACCUUCUUUUAAAUUUUAUGUCUAUAAAAUCACCUAACACCAUGUGUUCAAUGAGUGAAUCUACUUUUAAUCUGUUUACUUGGGUUGGGUAUUGCACAGGUCGUAAAAUAUGUUAUAUAAUCGUAUCGUGUUUGAAUAACUCAUAUUAUUUUUCAACAAACAAAAUUGUAUGUAAUAUUUUAUGUCAAAUAAUAUGGGAGCUGUAGUAUUAGGCAAAAUUUUGGGGGCGGCUAAAUUCACUAGGAUAUGUUAAGAAAACGUUACUAGUGAGACUCGCAAUGAGCGGAAGCAGGAGGAUGAUUGUCAAUGACAGUAACCUUUCAGUUGUAAUGCUAUUAGUAACCAAAGCACUGUGCGCUUAAUGCGAGUUUGUGGGGGCGCUGUUCCAACUCCAUACAAAUUUGAGUUAAAAAAUCCUAAAGUUAAAAACUCGCAUUAAGCGUACAAAUGUCACCGUACUCGUCGAAGGGUUCAGGGUGACCUUGGUACAUAGCAUCGGCCUGCUGAGUUUUUUGCUCUUUUUCAAUGCGUUGCGAUUCCUAUCAGUCUUGACUUUCUCGGAGGCGUUGUGGUAGUUAUCAGCAACUACUCUCUCGUAGACCGAAAGCCAAAGCUGAAUUAAUUGGCUUUAAAAAAAAACUAACGUACCUGUUUAGCUGUAUUAUUUUAGAAUGCUGUUUUAAAAAAAAAAAAUACAACAAUAACGCUAUUUCUUUAUCAUUUCCACCGAAAUAAACUACCUUAUAAAAUCAGUGCAUAAAACGAGCAAGUUGUUGUCGAAAUGUGUAAAACCUAAAACCAUAAUAUUAGGGGUUCAAGUAUAAAAUUGCCGAUUUGUACUGAAAAAUCGAAAUUUGUUUUUUUUUUCAUUUAACAUAUUUAUUUAAUCAAAAUAUUUACAUUAGCUUUUGCCCGCGACAUCGUCCGCGUGGAAUAGUUACUUUGGCAUAACGCUAAAUUUUACCCGCCACUUCAUUUACGUAGAAGGUGAAAAUAUUUUUGAAUAAUAAAAUGUUAAGGAGUUAUUUAAGGUACCAAAAUCACGCUUUUUAACCGACUUCAAAAGAGGAAGUUAUCAAUUCGACCAUCUAUGUAUGUUCACCGAUUUUUCGGGAAUGCUUGAACCGAUUCUGAUAAUUCUUUUUUUUUGUUCGAAAAGGUAGACUUUCUGAAUGGUCCUGUUUACAUCAAGAUCUGAUGAUGGGAUCUUGGAGAAAUCCAGAAAAAUCUAUAAUUGUCAAAGCCUAUCUUGAAGUGAUUUGGGUGUUUCAAUGUUGUAAUGAAUAACGUAUUUAUUUGAAUAGGGAUUAAUAUCAUCUUUAUAAAAACACCUUCACAAAAAAUGCUUUUUUUUAGAUCAAAUUUGUUUAACAUAAAAAAACCUUAUAGUGACCAAACUUAAUAUAUAGACAUAUGCUGUCGCAGAUUUUUUUUAGAUCUUUUAAAGGGGAACAAUUCUCUCAUACAUUACUUUAGCGAAACUUUAACCGUUUCCGCAGCGCCCGCAGUGAAAGCUUUCAAAAGAGACUAAAACCCCGAUUUUGAACCAUUCUUUAUUGGUGCUCCACUUGCAUUGGUCUUAGCGUGAUGUUAUAUCAUAUAUCCUUCCUCGAUAAAUGGGCUAUCUAACACUGCAGACCAGUAGUUCCUGAGAUUGGCGCGUUCAAACAAACAAACUCUUCAGCGUUAUAGUACUAGUAUAGAUUAUUAUCUAUACAUUGCUGCCAUCUAAUAAGAAAGUCAUUUAUGGCUUUGCGAUAGAACUCUGGUGAUCGAGAUUCUACAAACUGUGUGAAAGCAUUUUGUAUUGCCUCCUGUUAAGAAAAGUUUUUGUCACGUAGAAAAUUGUCCAAAUCACGAAAAUAAUGGUAGUCCAUUGGAGCAAGGUCUGGCGAAUACGGAGGGUGACGAAUGGUUUUUUAAUUGGAGUUCCUAUAGAGUUAAAACCGUUAGGAACGUUUCGAGUUAUCAAGGAGCAAUAAUGGUGAAGGUCGGUUCAUGAAUCGAGGCUGUUUCACUGCAAGUUUUGCUAUCAUUGUUCGGAGUUCGGCACAGUAGACAUCUGCCGUUAUUGCUUGACCAGAUCGGAAAAAGCUAUAGUGAAUAACACCAUGCUAAGACCACCAAACUGUUACCAUUACCUUUUUAUUGGUAAGCUUUGCUUUAGGACACGCGUUUGCGGCGUUUAACUUGGGGUCAGCCAUUGCAUUUUUCUAAUAUUCCUUCAUUUCUUUCUCGAUUCAACAAGGCAACACAAUUUUCAACACGCGUUUCUUUCUGCAGAUCAGUCAAAUCAUGAGGCACACAUUUUUCAUAUUUAUUUUAUUUUAUUGAUUUGAUAAAUGAGCUAAUAUUGUUGGUAAGGUAACGUUAAACCAUGCCACUAAUUCCUGGGUAAUUUGGCUCGGAUCGGCUUCCAUCAUCUCUUUCAAUUAAUUGUUAUUCACAUGUAUGGGCGGUCUUCCACGUGGUUUGUUCUUCAAAUCAAAAUCUCCAUCACGAAAGUGUUUAAACCAAAGUCGCACGGUGCGUACAUUAGCAGUCCCCUCUCCAAACGCAACAUUGAUAUUGCGAGCUGUUUCUGCAGCGUUAGUUCCGCGUCGGAACUCGUAUUCAAAAAUCAUUCGAAUUUUCGAAAUAUUCAUCUUUCUUGUCUAAGCUGAUUAAAAAAAGCAACUGAAAGUCGAUAAUCGAAUGUUGCACAUUUAAAAAAAAAGAUCCUCAUAGGUUGUCCACAAGUCCACCAUUUGAAGGUAGGUAUUCAAGGCGUAAUUUUGCAAUUUAAUUUUAAUGAACUUGUGGCGGUAGCCAUCAAUGCGAUGCUACUGCAUUCACAUAUUUGACUAUCAAAUUUACGAAAACUGAAUAAAAAUCGAUUGGCAGUUAAAAAUAUAAAUCAUAAAAGCCAAAUUCCAACCUACCAAAUUUUAAUAUCCUUUGAAACUUCUAGCGACAGCUAUUGGUAGAAUUGGUAAAAUCAGUUUUAAAUAUUGUAGCCCACACACGUAGGUAAUACGUAAACCGACAAAAAGUUAGAUAGGGAAAGAAAAAAACUUGGAAGAAAGAGCCAACUAGUGGCACCAGUAAUCAUCAGUUAAACCAGCAAUAAAAUUAGUAGGUAGCAUAGUAAUUUGGGAUGGAUAAAAUAGAAGAAGAAACUUAUGUGAUGUUGCAGAUUAGUUCAUAACUCUAAAUCGUUAAUUUACUCACUGUUUAACUAGUUUUCUCAGAAAUAAAAAGAAUGAAUAAAAUGA